AUGUCGCCGUACGCGGCACCAAAGACCAAAAAUAUCCUCAUUAUCGGUUCGACCGGGACGAUAGGGACUUACAUCACGCGAGCGAUCGUGGACAACAGGGAGCAUUUUGAAAGAAUAUGUAUCUUGACAAGUGAGAAGACGCUGAUCCAGAAGGUGCAAGACGUCGCGGCUUUGGAGGCAUGGGGUGUCGAGAUCUUCACGGGGAGGUUAGAGAGUGAAUCCGCUGUGAAACGAGCUUAUGAAGGCAUAGAUACGAUCGUGUCCUGCGUGGGCCGCGCCGGCAUCGAGAAACAGAUCAAGCUAAUCACCUGGGCCGAGCAGGCUGGUGUACGCCGAUUCUUCACCUCCGAAUAUGGCACCGACAUCGAGUACUGGCCUGAAUCGGCGGCGGAACCUCCUCACCAGCUCAAAUUGAAGGUUCGAGCUCAUAUGAAGACCAUGAAGAGGCUAGAACAUACAUACUUGGUUACUGGCCCUUACAGUGACCUGUAUUUUGGAGCUAUGAAGGUCAAGCCUGAAAUAGGCCAGUUCGACGUCAAAGAGAGAAAAGCUGUCCUCCUGGCUGAUGGGGAGGGUCCCGUCAGCUUCACCGCCAUGGCUGAUGUUGGCAAAUUCGUCGUUGCCGCACUGAUCCACACCCGCGAAUCUCGCAACACAACACUAGUGGUCCACUCGUUCACCGCAACGCCCGCUGAGAUCCUCGCCGAGUACGAAGAACAGACCGGGACCAAAUGGGACGUCUCAUACACAUCGAUGGAGCGGUUAAAAGAGAUCGAAAAGGAGGAAUACCAGGUCUACUCGCCCAUGGCCACCGUGGUGACGCUUCGCCGUAUCUGGACUGAUGGCGGCACGUUAUAUAAAUUCUACGACGACAGUUUACUGGGCGAGAUCGAGACGGAAACUUUGCAGAGUCAAGUUGCCGCGCAGAUCGUCAAGCAGGAGGGUGGCGAGGGCGAUUUCCCGAGCCUGUUACGGAAGUUAAGUUUGACGUAA